GCUUCCAAGUUCUACGUCGUCACCUGCGCUCAGGACAGAGCUGAAGGAAACUGCAUCUGCUGCCAGCGAGCGCUGAGGAAGGUUCCCCAGGGAGAAAAGCCAAGAGAGGAUCGCUCUCCUCAUUAUCAUGGAGCGGAAGGUGGCCAGGGAAUUCAGGCACAAGGUUGACCUCUUAAUUGAUAAUGAAGCAGAAAAAGACUAUCUUUAUGAUGUGCUACGGAUGUACCACCAAUCCAUGAAUCUUCCAGUGUUGGUAGGAGAUCUGAAAUAUGUAAUCAAUGAACCAAGUCGACUGCCUUUGUUUGAGGCCAUCCGUCCUCUUGUCCCCUUGAAACAUCAAGUGGAGUAUGAUCAACUCACACCUAAGCGAUCUAGAAAACUGAAAGAAGUGAGGCUGGAUCGUUUGCACCCUGAAGGUCUUGGAAUAAGUGUGAGAGGUGGUGUUGAAUUUGGCUGUGGUCUUUUUAUUUCUCAGUUAAUGAAAGGUGGACAAGCAGACAGUGUUGGACUUCAGGUUGGUGAUGAGAUAGUUCGAAUAAAUGGAUAUUCUAUUUCUUCAUGCACUCAUGAAGAAGUGAUUAAUCUUAUUCGCACAAAGAAAAUUGUGUCCAUCAAAGUGAGACAUGUCGGCAUGAUACCUGUUAAAAGUUCUCCUGAUGAGCCUCUGAAAUGGCAGUUUGUGGACCAGUUUGUGUCAAAUCCUGGGGAAGGCAAGAACAGUGUUGCAGGUCUUGCAUCAUCUGGAGGAAAAAACCAUAAAGAAAAGAAGGUUUUCAUUAGUCUGAUUGGUACAAAGGGCAUGGGAUGCAGUAUUUCCAGUGGUCCUACACAAAAACCAGGCAUUUUCAUAAGUAAUGUUAAACCCCAUUCUCUGUCUGCAGAAGUAGGAUUAGAGAUUGGUGAUCAAAUUGUUGAAGUAAAUGGAAUGGACUUUUCAAAUGUGGAUCACAAAGAGGCUGUGAAAGUUAUGAAAAGCAGUCCAACUCUGACUAUCACUGUUGUAACAGGCGCUGGAAGAGAGUUGUUUAUGACUGAAGAGGAGAAACAACGGGAAGAGUACCAUCAUGAGAUGGAACGUCAAGAACUGAUGCGUCAGAAGUGGCUUGCACUAGAGACUAAUAAAAUUGUGAAAGAACAGCAAGAAAAAGAGAGAUUAAGGAAGCUGGAAAUAGCACAGAAGGCUGCUGAAGAAGAAGAAAGAUACCAUAAAGAAAUUGAACAGAUAACUGCUGAGGAAGAGAAGCUUAAAAAGCAGUGGGAAGAAGACUGGGCCCAGAAAGAGCCACCAAAACCCCCCAAAACUGUAACAGCAGAAGUGCAUCCUCCUCCUCCCCUUCCUAAACAUCGACUAGAUUUAGAUGCACAUGACCAGCCUGCAGGAGAUGAUAUGAGUGGGAUGAACCUGAAAGAAAGCCAAAAGGGCUUCCAGAAGUAUGUGGAAGACUUUGAUCCCUAUACAAUGUUUUCACCUGAUCAGAUUAUGGGAAAAGAUGUGCGACUUCUGCAUAUUAAGAAGGAAGGGUCUUUAGAUCUUGCAGUUGAAGGAGGCAUGGAUUCUCCAAUUGGAAAAAUAGUUGUGUCUGCUGUUUACGAAGGGGGUGCUGCAGACAAGCAUGGAGGAAUUGUCAAGGGGGAUGAAAUAAUGGCUGUGAAUGGCAAGAUUUUAUUGGAUGUUAAGCUGGAGGAAGCUCGAGCAACUCUCACCAAAGCCUGGAACAUGGGAGGGGAUUGGAUUGAUUUGGUCAUUGCAGUAUCUCCACCCAAAGAAUAUGAUGAUGAAAUGACAUUUUUUUAAUAACAUGGGAGAAACCAAAUGUAUACAUUUUGAAGAAAACUACAGAUAUAUAGGCAUUAAACCACUUUUGUCAAAUUGCAAACAUCUGUUAAUAGAAAAAUGUUAAUUAGAUGAGCAUGUGAUUCUGCAACCUGUCCGCUGGAUACCUCAAUUGUUUCCUCUCAUAAGCCAUGGUUGAAGUUUAGUUGCAACCAUCAGUAAGUGAAGAGCUGAUCAUAAAUGAUAAGGAGCUGAUUUUGAAAUGAUCUUAAGUGCACUGUAUGUUGGAAAAUUGUAUUUCUCAUAGGCAUAUUUUGUAUUAUAGAUUCAAAAAUGGUUUACCCAAAGAUGGGUUAAAAAGUAUUCUUUGCUGUGCUGUAUUUUUACCUACAUAAGACAGGUUUGUACAGACCCUAUAACCAAACAAUCAUAUUUUGUCAUUCAUUCUGUCAACCUGUAAUAUAUGUAAUAGUCUGUGUAGAGGCUUGGGCAUGAGUCAUAAAAUCAACCAUUUGUGUAAGUCAGUAGACUUACACACUGGAUUCAAUUUGAUGUUUAUGACUGUGGUUGCAAAAACCAUAAAGAUAAUAAACAAACACUGAAUUCAACAUAAUAAUUGUGGGUUGGAUUUAGUGUUUUGCAGAUGCUAGGAUUACAGAUCUCUCCCAUGUUCUUCUGCUUCUAGCAGCCUCUCCACUCUCAGAAAAGUUUAUUCCCAGAGUUGUGGGACCCACAUGGUCUAAUACCCAUAUGGGUUCGGAAGAUACAGUAGGCAAAAGGAAAGGGGCAAAAUCACCAUCUCCACCCUCCUCUGUUAGCAGAGAUGCACUGUCAGAAGAACCAGAAAGAGUGAUCCAACCCAUUUCUUGAAUCCAAAGGGAAUUGUUUAUACAGAUGGCUGGGGCUAAAACUUUCCCAGAGUGAGAAAGGACUGCAGCAGAGGGGAUGUGGGAAAGAUCUGCAACUCUCAGCACCUUCCACUGGUUGAUCACUGGAUCCAAAUUGAAUCCAACAGUUAAAUGAGUGGAAGGAGCUCACACAAAAGAUCUUUGCCAUCUUUCCUUGCCCACACACCCUGAAAUCUGUCUACUGAGUUGUAGAACAAAAUGGACAUGGGGCAUGAAAGGGGUGGGGAGGAUGCAGGUAGAUGGGAAAUCUAGGGGGGGAAAUCUCCUCCCCUCACUCUAGCAAUCAUGUUCCUUUCACUCUGGUGACUAUGGAAUCCAUUCCAUUGACAUUCUUGUCAAACUAGUGAUAUUUAAAUUCUUCAAAAAUUCAUAUCUCAGCAUUCUUUACUAAGAAAUAAAUUUCAUUUGUAUGUAUCAAAUCAAUCUGAGAUCCAGGGAAACCCAAAUGCUUAAUUCAGACCAAGUCAUAGACAAGGCCACAGCUCCUCUUACUAUUGAAUAUGUAUUAUCUGUGUACAACAUUGCAGUGAACACUCUUCAUAUCAUUCUUAUGAAAAGAUCUUGCAAUUACAUUAGUAGGGAAGCACAAGGAUUAGAAGGAAAGGAGUAGUGAGAAUGUAGUUCCCACAUGGAAAGAGAUUUCCUGUGCAGAUCUGUUAUAGCACAUGGGAGAAAAGACCAGAAAUCCAAUCAAUAAUUUGUAACUCACUUGUUAUCCUUGUUUGGAAGGAUACACAAGCUUGUGCAUUAGGCACUGGGACUCCAUGGACAGUAGUGUUCCUAUAGCUGUGGGCAGUUUCUGUGGUUCUGUGGAUCAGGUAGAAAUGUUACUAAUAUUCAAAGCAUGAAGAAAAAGGUUUUUUUUAAACAUUAAUGAGGGACAUUAGUAUAAACAACUGAAAAGUGAUUGCUUUUAAAAUUGUCUUAAAUCUCAGUUGACAGAGUACAUACAUUUUCCUCAUUUCUCUGUACUCAAGAACAUUUUAAUUUAUUCCAUUUGCACUACUGUUCCAGCAUGCCAACAGUGCCAAAAAUACCUGAAACUGUCCUUGCAUGUAACAGGGAACAAAAUUAUUUGAAAAUAAAUUGAUUUGUAUCAAACAUGA